AUGGACACUUCCGGCACAAUGAUUCCACGAGUUUUCCGUGGGAAAAUGCUGCACUGGUUACAGCGGCAUGCGCCUUUUAUUUCGGUCGCUUUACACAAACGACGCUUUCUCAGCACCUUGACUAUACUUGUUUGCAUUUCCUUGGGCAUCCUUUUCAUGCAGACGUUGGACAAGAACGUUUACGAUUUGGCUAAAUUACCGCUCGAUGGGCUACGUACCGAUUCAGAACCUUCACCUCCAAGCAUCGAUGCAGCACACGACCUGCGGCAGCUGUACAAGAAAUUUCAUUUUGACACUGCAUUUGAGUAUCCAACCAGUUAUGAGCUUCAAAAAGAUCUGCUCACCAUUCCAUUCGGUCCACGGAAAGGCCAAAAGGUCAAAUCCGUAGAUCAACUACAAUUCUAUGAUUCCGACCCCCGUUUGGUAUGGAGCGUGCUGGCCGACCAUUUAGUGGAGGAAGCCAGUUCCGCAACUCCCCUUCCAUUUUCAUGGUAUGACUGGGCUGACUUCCACGAUUACAACAAGCUUAUUCCAGCUAGAGAAUCUUUGCAAGACUGCAACUUUUUCUUUGGCGUUCAUUUCAACGCUUCCCUCCUUAUGCAGAUUGAACAUGAAACGGGCGAAGAAUUAUUCGGUAUCGACAGGGGUUACUACAAUACGGAAGGUGAUCCCAAGUUUAGCGAAAGCGAGAUCACCGAAAUGAUUCAAAGAGCAAAUAGUUCCUGCGUGAUUGACAGCCAUUCGUUCGCAGAGUCGAAACGAUCAGGACUUUCACAUGCUUUUUCGGUAGGAUUCGUCGUCCAAUCGCUUCAAGACCAAGUGAGACCCGAAGUUUACCGAUUGCAAGCUAGAAAUCACCUUCUCAAUACCUUGAGUAUACCUUUGUCACUAACUAUUUUAAACCGUGACAGUGGUGCCUGGCAGAUUCCAAUCAAGCAAGAUGAUCGCCAAAAUAUGGUGCAAUCUGGCAUGAUUCAGAAGUAUUUGAAGCGCGCUUCGAAAGAUUCUUCGAAGCGUUUCGAGUUUGAUUACGUUUCCGAAUUUGACAGAUUCUGCAAGAGUGACGCUUCAAAAUCUCUCAAUCUCAAGAUACUAGGUUUACAAGAAGAGAAGGACAAAGCAUUCAACGGCUUAUUUACACAUCUUCAAGAGAAUGAUUUCGAAUUUGAUGCUCUAGCUAAGAUCGAGGAGUUGUCAGCGCGCACAGAAUCUCUUUCCGCCCACGAAUCAUCUUAUUUGAACAGUUUACUCUUUUCAACCCAAACUCAUUUCGCUUUCGCGCCCAAAUACUUUCACGAACCGGGAGGACUCAAGGAUUUCCAGCAGCUAGGAAGACAUCACGACGCGCGGUUUUUCAACGGAGCUAUCUUUCGGGACCCAAAGGAAACGCUUCUACGUCUAAAUUCAAUGGUAAUCACUUUUCAAAAAUUUCUGAAAGCGAAUCAUCUCAGUUGUUGGCUAGCGCAUGGUUCACUUUUUGGAUACCUUUACAAUGGACUCAAUUUUCCGUGGGAUAACGAUUUCGACGUGCAAAUGCCAAUUGGUCAUCUGCACAUCCUUGCUCUGAAUUUUAAUCAAUCGUUAGUAGUCGAAGAUCCAAGAGAAGGAAACGGUCGAUUUCUUUUGGACGUAGGGAGUUCAAUAACUCACCGUACGCAAGGAAAUGGCAAUAACAACAUAGAUGCCAGGUUCAUUGACGUUGACUCCGGUCUCUACAUCGAUAUAACAGCUUUGAGUGUCUCUUCCGCCAUGCUGUCCACUCACGAUGCAGUUUAUUUCCAGCAGAACAAAGAUAGCGUUGGGACCGAGGUUAAGCACCGUGAUCCCAAUCUGAUAGCCAACGUAACGGAUACCCCUCUUCAGAUUCUUUACAACAAGUUACAAAAUGACACGACGUAUUCUGAUCAAGAAAGACGUGACGUUCAGGGCCUAGUGGAGAAAUUCAACAAGGACUUUCCUAGUAACCAGUCACCAACGAAAUUCUACUCCGCGGAACAGCGCUACAGUAUAAAUCAUGAACUAGGAUUGUACAACUGUCGCAAUCAUCAUUUUGUCCAGUAUGAUAUGGUUUCAAAGCUGGUCGCUACCAAGUUUCAUGGUGUUUCUGCACUGGUUCCGAACAAAUACAUUACACUUCUAAAAAGGGAAUACAGGGCGCCAAUGAAGUUUAAUGCAGUUACUUUCCAAUCUCGAACAUUCAUUGAAGGUCUAAGAUCGUGGAUCCAAGGGCCCUUGCUAAGAAAGCUAAUGAAUGUCGCGGGACGUAGUGAAAACUUGGAAAGGGUCAAAUCGCCUGCCAACAAUUUACUCUCGAUUGAUGUUGAUAUUCUUCUGAAAAACUGUGCGCGGUCUAACUCCAUCGACUUCCUCUCGUAUGUGCAUAAUAGUAAAGAAAUUAGCACUUACAGGAGAAAAGAGAUUGAGCUGCAAUUUUCAGAAAUCUAUUCGAUUGAGGAGAAACAAUUCUUGCUACAAAAACUUGACGCCAACAUAGGGCCGCGAUUGAAACCGAUCAUGGAGGAUCCGCGUAUAAAUGAUCUUCGCAAAAGGAUGUGGCAUGAAUUGUCUAGUGAUCCUGAACUGAAUGAUGAGAUUCUCAUGGAGCUCAAUCUCGAGGUCGCCGAUGACACAAUAGCAUGGAACUCACUGCUGGACGGAGGAGCUCUUCCUUUUUUGGUCGGAGUUGAAGAAAGAGAACAAGCACGUGAGAACUAUGACUUCAACUUGAGGCCUCUUGCUAUAAAUCCUUCCAACGUUUUCAUUAGGGAUCCAACUUUCUAG